UAUCGCUUUUAUUUCCUAUAGGCGUAAGAUUUCGCGGAAAACAUUCGCAAUUCGUGCACGACUGAAGACGGUGAUUCAAAGUCAGCAUAAUCAUGGUAAAAUUACUCGGUUAAAUGUUCGCAAACUAGCGCCAUCUAUACGAAGAUAUCAAAAUUAACACGUCUAUUAGUAUGGUAGCGUUUUUGUCGUACUCAGUCUUACAACUAAAACGCGACCCGAAAUGCCAAAAUCAGCGCAAGUUCGACAAGCUAUUAACAUUAUGUCGUGUCGUCAAUAUUUCUGAAUUGUUCUUUCGUAUUGGUGCAGGAACACACUCUGAUAAAUUUUCAAUCAGCUACAAUUUCGACUUUAAUUUUGUAAAAUAGUGGCUGCAGCUGUGUUUACAAGGUUAUUUCAUAAGGAAAUAAUGAAAGCUGAAGAACUUUCUUUCAUUGGAGGCGAUCCGGGUGCAACAAAGUAUGGCAAUUUUAUCAACUACUACUCCUUUCACAGUACAAAAGAAAGAACAGACUGCCUUCAUCCAGACAUGUUUGUAUCCUCAAUAACAACACAACCUAUACUCUGCUUAGACAUUGGAUGCAACACAGGAGAACUCUCUAAAGACAUCUAUUUAUAUUUAAAAAAUAUCUACCCAAAGUAUGUUAUAAAAAUGUUGGGUAUUGAUAUAGAUCCAACAUUAAUACAAAGAGCCAAAGAAACAAACGACAAUCCUAACAUAAACUUUACAGUAGCUAAUAUUAUGAAUGAAACAGAUAAAGAAGUCAUAGAGAAAUAUCUUGAGUCCCAUGAGAAGAAUAAGUUUGACAUAACAUUUUGUUUCUCAGUGACUAUGUGGAUUCAUAUUAACAAUGGCGAUGAGGGUUUACUAUAUUUUUUAAGCUUCAUUCAGGACAUAUCGGAAACAAUAAUUAUAGAACCACAACCUUGGAAGUGUUACAGAAACGCUCAGAGAAGAAUGAGGAAAUCUGGUAGUUCAUUCCCAUUAUAUGAACAAAUAAAGAUUAAAAAUAUUGACAUAGUUAUUGAAAAUAUUUUAAAUAAAGACCCUUUUAAAAAAGUGUAUGAAUCUCUUGCUACUGCAUGGAAUAGAAAAAUACAAAGUUAUCAAAGAGUUCUAGAACAAUAAAAUUGGUAAAUAAGUUUUCUAUGCAGCACCUGCUAAUAACAAGGAUUUCUCAAAAACAGAGCAGAUACAUACAUAGUACACAAAAGUUUAAUUGAUAUGAAACAUAUGCAGGUGAAUUUGUAUGACAGCUGUAAGACGCUUAAAGUGU